GGCUCCGGGCGCCACGAGCCAUGAGCAGCGGCCCCGCGGGCCACCCCGCUGUCGCUGGCCGCCGCUGAGCCCGGCCGGGGGGCGGCUCGCCGCUCCGCAGCCCCCUCCGCAGCCGGCACCGACGCGCCCAGAGAACCAUGAUUCCCGUGACCGAGUUCCGGCAGUUCUCUGAGCAGCAGCCUGCCUUCCGGGUGCUGAAGCCGUGGUGGGACGUGUUUACCGAUUACCUGUCGGUGGCCAUGCUGAUGAUCGGUGUGUUUGGCUGCACGUUGCAGGUCAUGCAAGACAAGAUCAUCUGCCUGCCGAAAAGAGUGCAGCCUUCUCAGAACCACGCUUCCGUCUCCAACGUCUCGCAGGCGGCGGCCAGCCCCACCCCGCUGCCGCCCCCGAAGCCGGCGCCGACUCACCCGGUCACGGUGGAGAUGAAAGGCCUGAAGACGGACCUGGACCUCCAGCAGUACAGCUUCAUCAACCAGAUGUGCUACGAGCGCGCCCUGCACUGGUACGCCAAGUACUUCCCGUACCUCGUCCUCAUCCACACGCUGGUCUUCAUGCUCUGCAGCAACUUCUGGUUCAAGUUCCCCGGCUCGAGCUCCAAGAUCGAACACUUCAUCUCCAUCCUGGGCAAGUGCUUCGACUCCCCCUGGACCACCCGCGCGUUGUCGGAAGUGUCCGGGGAGGACUCGGAGGAAAAGGACAGCAGAAAGAACAACAUGAGCAGGUCCACCACCACCCAGUCGGGCCCCGAAGGCAGCCUGGUCAACUCGCAGUCGUUAAAGUCCAUCCCUGAGAAGUUCGUGGUGGACAAGUCCACCGCGGGGGCUCUGGACAAGAAGGAGGGCGAGCAAGCCAAGGCUUUGUUCGAGAAGGUGAAGAAGUUCCGGCUGCACGUGGAAGAGGGCGACAUCCUGUACGCCAUGUAUGUCCGCCAGACGGUCCUGAAGGUGAUCAAGUUCCUGAUCAUCAUUGCCUACAACAGCGCCCUGGUUUCCAAGGUCCAGUUCACCGUGGACUGCGACGUGGACAUCCAGGACAUGACCGGAUAUAAAAACUUCUCCUGCAACCACACGAUGGCGCACCUGUUCUCGAAGCUCUCCUUCUGCUACCUGUGCUUCGUCAGCAUCUACGGCCUGACGUGCCUUUACACCUUGUACUGGCUCUUCUACCGCUCGCUGCGGGAGUACUCCUUCGAGUACGUCCGCCAGGAGACCGGCAUUGACGACAUUCCCGACGUGAAAAACGACUUUGCCUUCAUGCUGCACAUGAUCGACCAGUAUGACCCUCUGUACUCCAAGAGGUUCGCCGUCUUCCUGUCGGAAGUGAGCGAGAACAAACUGAAGCAGCUGAACCUCAAUAACGAGUGGACGCCCGAUAAGCUGCGGCAGAAGCUGCAGACCAACGCCCAGAGCCGCCUGGAGCUGCCCCUGGUCAUGCUGUCCGGCCUGCCCGACACGGUGUUCGAAAUCACCGAGCUGCAGGCCCUCAAGCUGGAAAUCAUGAAGAACGUGAUGAUCCCGGCCACCGUGGCGCAGCUCGACAGCCUGCAGGAGCUCUCCCUGCACCAGUGCUCGGUCAAGAUCCACAGCGCGGCGCUCUCCUUCCUGAAGGACAACCUCAAGGUCUUGAGCGUCAAGUUCGAUGACAUGAGGGAGCUGCCUCCCUGGAUGUACGGGCUGCGGAGCCUGGAGGAGCUCUACCUGGUGGGCUCGCUCAGCCACGAUAUUUCCAAAAACGUCACCCUCGAGUCUCUGCGGGACCUCAAGAGCCUCAAGCUUCUCUCCAUCAAGAGCAACGUCACCAAAAUCCCGCAGGCCGUGGUGGACGUGGCCAGCCACCUGCAGAAGAUGUGCGUCCACAACGACGGCACCAAGCUGGUGAUGCUCAACAACCUGAAGAAGAUGACCAACCUGACGGAGCUGGAGCUGGUCCACUGUGACCUGGAGCGCAUCCCGCACGCCGUGUUCAGCCUGCUCAGCCUCCAGGAGCUGGACCUCAAGGAGAACAAUCUGAAGUCCAUAGAGGAGAUCGUGAGCUUCCAGCACCUGAGGAAGCUGACGGUGCUGAAACUGUGGCACAACAGCAUCGCCUACAUCCCGGAGCACAUCAAGAAACUCACCAGCCUGGAGCGUCUGUCCUUCAGCCACAACAAAAUAGAGGUGCUGCCUUCCCACCUCUUCCUGUGCAACAAAAUCCGAUACCUGGACCUGUCCUACAAUGACAUUCGCUUUAUCCCGCCCGAAAUCGGGGUUCUGCAGAGUUUACAGUAUUUCUCCAUCACUUGCAACAAAGUGGAGAGCCUUCCGGACGAACUCUACUUCUGCAAGAAGCUCAAAACACUCAAGAUUGGGAAGAACAGCCUCUCGGUGCUUUCGCCGAAAAUCGGAAACUUGCUGUUCCUUUCCUAUUUAGACGUGAAGGGCAAUCACUUUGAAAUCCUGCCUCCGGAGCUGGGCGACUGCCGCGCGCUGAAGCGAGCCGGACUGGUGGUCGAGGAAGCUCUGUUUGAAACUCUGCCUUCUGACGUCCGGGAGCAAAUGAAAACAGAGUAGCUUAUUUUUGUUGAAAGCUUGACUGAAACAUGCUUCUACCAAAUACAGUAUAAAUAAUUCGGGAAGCUUAACGCCUUUCCUAGUUUAUGAAUUUUUUUUCUUAUUCACACGAAACAAAAUGUACACAGGGAUUGCGUGAGGCGUUUGUAUUUUUUAAUAAAAAUUUAAUUGUAUUUUUUCAGUAUUAAUAUUUUAAAGUUUUAUUUGUGCUGGAACCUAAUGUAUCUCUUGUUGUUGUUGGCUACUGACAGAAACCGAUGGUUCCAUCUGGGGGUUUUGUUGUCGUUUUGGUUUUGUUUGUUGGUUUUGGUUUUGGUUUUCAGUUCCUUCUUGCGAAAGGGAGGGAGUUGUACGUUGCAUGCUUUUUGGUAUUUUUUAGAUAGAUGAGGAUAUUUUGCCAAGGUCCUUUUUAGCUCGUUGACACCUAUACAGAGUCCUUAUAUUUGUUUCCAUCGUAUGUGUUCCAAGGAAGCUAUGCUAGUUAUUUUAACGCCAGCUGCCUUUUCCAUUGGCCAAGUCCUUCAUUCUACAGAAAAUCCUUCUCUGGAGUGUAAAUUCACAAAAGGGCACUGUCGUAGACUCUUAUUUUCAAAUUUCCCCCUUGCCGCCAACAGAACCCUAUAUACGUUAUAUUCUUUGAAAUACCUGACAGCUCUUUAUCCUUAGGCAAGGAUUUGUCAGUGAGUAAAGAUAAUUAUCUUCCAAGAUCGGCUUCCUUGCAUAGUUAUUUAUAGUUUAACAGAUUUGCAUGUUUACCAAUAUUUUAAAAGUACCACUUACGAAGGGAAGACAAAGGGUCCUCCCCUUUGAUACCAGGAUGGCUGUGUGGGAACGGGAGCCCCGCCUUAGAGAAACUAGCUUUAUUUUAAUUAAAGUAGUAAUUGAAUUUAAAAAUCAGAAUUAGAAGCCUGGUUUUUUAGUAAUUUGAUCAUCUUUGAUAUCUUGAUAUUUGAAUACAUCUAAUGGAAAAAAUGCACUGCUAAAGCACUCCGUGAACGAGCUGGGUGUGCUGUGCCCCUGCGCGGGGUGGCGGUGGUGACGUACCGAACGUCUGCCUGUCACGCAAAAUAAUCGGCCUCUAUGUACAUAUACUUAUGGAGCUCUCUCGAGCCUGCCCGUGCUGAAAAUGCCAGUGAUGCAAAGCACAGAAGCUCUCUUUGGCUUAAAAGAAGUAUCUCAUCUAAAAUGGUUCUAUUACCUUUUUUUUUUUUUUUUUUUUAAGGGUGAAUAAAUUGCUCAGUACAUGUCACUUAGGAGUAGCUUUUGCCCGGUGGUCAGCAGAAGUUUCAUUUCCCUCUCUCUAUUUAAAAAUCCAACAUGGUAUAUGGGUCUUGGGCAAAUUGUUUUCACUGACUCUUAAGCUGCGUGGAACAGGAAAAUGAAAGCACUACCUGUGCCCUCGACCCAGGACCAAUACUCCUGUCACGGGAAUUUGGUUUUAUGCUCCAACUUCACAUGGACUGUCUUUGGAGCCCUGGUCUGAUCUAAGGAAGUUUUGCGACCUAGCAGAAAAAGCAGGGAAGUGGUUUGGGGUUUCAAAAUGCUGCUUGUACAUUUACUUCUCAAUCCUGGUGGCUUUUUUGCGUAAAGCGACUUUGAGUCAUACGUGGAACACAGCUGUAGGGACUGCUCAGCAGAUCUCCGUACUUCAGUUGUGUUUUAAAUGCUAUGAUACAUCAUGGGGUAAAAGAUUUGAGAAAGAGAUGCUUUUCGUUUAUUUAAAAAUUGAAUCACGUAGACCAAAGUGCUUUGCUGUUUCUGCUCUACGGUCAAGUGUUAAAAGGUGAUACCCUACCGCUGUGUGUUUAUUUCAACCUGGAACUGAAACAAUAUGUUUAAAAUAGCAACAUGGUUAUUUCUCAUAGGAUAAAAAUAUUCAAUUCUAGAAUGUUGUUAGAUCUUGAUCAUGACCGAUGUGCUGUAUUUAUAGCCCUACCUGUUUGAAACAAACAGACCAACCAAAACCUGAAAAACUGUCAGUGGCUGAGCAUGACAAGAAUACCCCUCUCCAGAGGUGAGCUUGGAUAACUAUUGGUGAAACACUGGGUGCACUAUUUUUCUGGAUAACAUUUAUAGUUGUUUUCUAUAUCCCCUUAAAAAAGGGAUCUAUUCAGGUUAAAAAUCAUAUUUAUGCUCAAGUCUUUAUCUGGUGUCAACUCAGAAUCUCAUAUGGGUUCAUAACUGAAGUUAGUCACUAGCAAUUAGGUCUUUGUGACAAUUUACUCAACAUGCCAAAAGAAUUUGACUUUCUUUCUUCAUUAUUUCACAGGCUGACCCCCAACCUAAGUUCUAAACAACGUCCAAUAAAUGACUAGAGUUCUGACUUCAUGUUUUAACCAGGAAGGAAACUUCAUAGAUGUUUCUAUUAGAUUUUAUAAAAAUCCAGAAUACUCGAACUUCAUCUUGAGUCGAGGUUUUCUGACUCUGGCCCUUUUAAUAUUGUAUAUCUUUUGUUCACAUUCCUAAGUAAACAGCAUUUAAUUACUCUUUAGCCUUUAAAUGGGAAACUCAGGUAAAUGAACUGCUGACUUUUCUAAAGUUCUUUAAUGAAUCAACUCAGUGUUAAAGGGAUUUUUCACCUGAUCCCUUUCAUGUCUUACAAGUGCUCUUGCUGAAAAGGGACAACUUGCUCUAUUUAUCCACCUUCUAUAAGAUUCAUGCGAAACCGCUUAUGUAAAUAUAAAAGCAUCCUAUGUACUCUUUAAAUCCUACGGCUCCUGGACACCCAUGGCGAGUAUACCUUGGGGUCAGUUCUAAUGGUGACGUGUAGAACAGACCAUUGCCUGGUGAUGGUCUGGCUGAGACAAAGCAUCUACGUAUAUCCCAGUGGAACUCGCCUAAGACCACACCUCGGCAAACUAGAUGUGUGUUGGUUUUCAUGUUGUUUUGCUUCUGACACAGCACUUUUAACAUCCAUGUUCUUGAUACAGUGAAACCUGUUACGGACGGACGCCUGUAGAUGUGCUGGUUGUUCCCCCUUUCCCCUGUCUUGGGUUCCCAUGCAGCUGUGAUAAUGGGUUCCAACGACUCACAUGGCAUCCCGGGCAGCAGGCACUGCUUUUUCAGCAAGGCUUGGAGAGAAGCCUGCUACGAGUAUUCUGUCCAGUUAGAGGUGCCUCCUCAUUUGCCUCUCAAGCCGUCUUUGUCGAGAGGUGCUGAAGCCACCUGGGAUCCUCCUUGGGUUCCUUGGGAUGAGGAAAUUCUUGCAAUAUGCUCUCUUAACAAUUUCUGCUUAUAAGAAAGACAAGAAACAAAUCUUUAUACCUCUUGUUACCAUUUCCCCCAAAAGUUUGUUACUAUGUUCCUACUUCUAAGAAAACUCCCUUGUUAAGAAGUUUUAUUUACUCUCUUCCUCAUACCACACACCUGAUCAACUGUAGUGAUACAUUUACUUAAACAGUCAACAUCCAUGAGAGCUGUCUUUGUGCAAACGGUCAGCAGGACUCAGCCGUGGCUAGAUGAGAUAAAUGCCAAAACCCUUUCGAGCUGUGUCUAGAAACUAAAUUAAGAUUCAACGUACAUUCUUCUGUGAAUCCUGAAUGGGAUAAGGCCAUGCAAGCAGUUCACAUUUUUGGUAAGAUCUCAGUAACUCAGGGUAGGUGGUGUUCCAUCUCAAAAACAGCACAGUAACUAGCGAAAGGAAUGCCUCCAUGGCCUGUAAGAUUGUCUCAGCUUUUUUUUUUUUUUUUUU